AUGGACCACGAUCACGAUGGUGACCAAGCAGAUGACGCCAUGGCGGACCCUGACUAUAAUCCCGCGCUAGACAGCGAGAACAACUACACGGACGACGAGUCACUAGGUGGACUCCCCGCAGGAGUGGACCCCAUGCACCAACACGAAGUAAGUGCACUUGAAAGCAUUGAAGAAGGGGAAGAAGAAGACGAAGAUGAAGAAUCCAACAGCGAUACAGGCACGCAACAAGCAACAGAAGCGAACGCCAACAACCAACCAAUAAACCAUGAGGAUGAGUCGGCUGAAGAGGACGAAUCCGCAUACGACCAGGGAAUCGAUGACGAUAACCCACAAACUGAGGCUGAUGAGCCGAACAACAACAAUAGUGACGAUGAGUCCCAAGGCGGACGGUCUACAGGAGUGGAUUCCACGUCGCGACAACUAGCCAAGAUCACAGGAGUGGCACCGAACGACAUGGAUGAGACAUACGGAGAAAGAACCAGACAGGGUCUCAGGCAACGAAAGCAAAGGGAAUACAGCAAGCACCUGUGGCUGGCAGAGCCGAGCGAUCACACAAUCAUGACGCAAAUCCUGUCGCAAGCAGGAACUCCCACGGAGCAGGUGAUGACGCAAUUUCUGCUGGAACAUGUCGCCCACACACAGUACUCCGUGAACAAGGGCUUGAAAGUUUUCGGCCAGCCGGGAGCUGAGGCAGUCAUCAAGGAGAUGCAGCAGCUGCACGACAGGAAGGUUGGACACCCGGUCAAGGCAACGUUGCUCACUCCCGAGGAAAGAAGGAAAUCAUUAGACGAAGGUCGACAACAAGCUGUACGACAAAUACAUCACAUAUGA